AAAUUUUACCGCUAUGUGAUAACGAUCAAUGGCCACACGGCCCACGCAUUUGAAAUGUUUUUCGAAAGAGAAAUUGUCUGUGGCAGUCACUGUUAGCCUUUUGCGGCCUAAGGAAGAGACCUGUUUAGAUCCUAUUACCUUCACCAAAUGCAAAUGGGAACGUUACAAAACACCCCCGACAGAAAUAUAAUUUGCAGCCAUGGCGAAGGCAAUGAUCUAAAAUUCGCCGUCGGAAGCAUGAUCGGUUGGCACGUCAUGAUGGAGGACAGGAACGUGACGAAGGCGAAGCUGGAGGGACGCGAGAACUUGUCGUACUUCGCCGUGUUCGACGGCCACGGCGGCCCGACGUGUUCGAAUUAUUGCGCAAAUCAUUUACUCGACUGCGUCCUGAACGUCGAAGGCUUCGACGCCAACAUGCCGACGGCGAUCGAAAGAGGUUUUCUGCAGUUCGACGACUACUUACGAAAACUCGACGACCUAAAGGAAACCAGCGGAACCACUGCCCUAUGUGUGUUCAUUUCGGAAGAUAAAUACUUCGUCGCCAACUGCGGCGACAGCAGGGCGGUGCUUUGGCGCAACAACGCCAGGGUGUUCGCCACCCAAGACCACAAGCCUAAUCUGAUUUCGGAGAAGUUGCGAAUCAAUGCGGCCGGUGGGAUCGUCCAGAACGGCAGGAUUAGCUGGGGUCACAGGAGUCUGGGUGUCAGUCGGGCCUUGGGGGACUUCGAGCUGAAAAAGCAAAGCGACAAAGAUCAGCUCCACCAGAUCUUAUCGUCGCAGCCGGAUGUGUAUGUUCAGCAGAAGGACGACAAUGAUGAAUUUAUGAUUUUAGCGUCUGAUGGCGUUUGGGAUGUUAUUACUGACGAAGCUUUAUGUCAAUACGUACACGACACUCUGUUGAUAACCGAUGAUUUGGAGGAGGUUGUCAAACUCGCCAUUGAUACGUGUUUCUAUAAGGGUGCUACUGACAACAUAACGCUGAUUUUAAUAACAUUCAAAAAUUGCCCCAAACCUACAGCUACAGCGAAAGCUGCAGAUGAAGCUCUGAACAAAAAUAUUGAAAUUAUCUUUACAGGGAUCAUACAAGAGUUUCCUAACAUUGAUUACUAUGGAAUAUUGCAGCAGCUUUACUUGGUUAAAAAGAUACCAGGUUUGCCAAGAGGUGGAGGCAUACAAUCCAAACGUCGAUUCAUUGAUCAAUUAUAUCGAAAAUAUUUCCCAGGGUUUAGCAGUAACCAAGUUGUUCAUACUAACAUACGUUAAUUCGUAUUGUUCAUUAAUAAUAACGGCCUAAU